UUCUACUCACUUCCCGCUUUUCAAUCUCCUGACUCGUCCGGUCCAUUCUAUAUAAGAACAGUUAGUAGGGGGAUUUAGUAGGAUGUACAAUUAACCUUUUUUAAAUAUGAGAACUGUUAUAGUUGUAACGUUACUUACACUCUGCUGCAUCUGGUGUCAAGCAAUUCAUCCCAGUAGCAAAAAUAAAUUAGAUAAAAAACACGAUUUCGAUGUAUAUUUGGACGCCUUAGACAGUGGAGAAGGUCACUGGCUCAUUAGAAUAGACGAAGAAGAGAAGGAUAUAGACACUAGUGGAGAUGAAGAAAUCACCGAAUUUAAACUAUUGCCAACCCCUCCACUAAAGAGGAAAGAUAAAAAUAAGAAAAAGAAAGAGGUGUGCUGUAAAUUGGGUCGCUUAGCAGGUGAUAAAGGGUACAUAUGUUUCGCUGAUUUGUACUUGGCCAGGAUAAUUGAGAGGAACAGAAAUAGGGCACAGAGUAAAAUGAGGCUCUCUACUAACGAAAACAUCAAGAAAUCUAAAGAAAAAGUCAUGAGAGCCUUCAGUAGGUGCGUUAAAGGAAUGAAAGGUGUAUUUAACAAGUGCUGUUAUGAAACAUCUAUGAAGUUAGAUGAGAAAAUGAAGAGAAUAUAAAUAAUUUUUUAUACAGUAGUUUAUUUUUCUGUUAACAGAAAAAGAAUAUAAAUAUAAUUAAAUGAAUUAUUUGGUUUCUGUUUAGUUAAUUCACCCUUUUAUUUCGCCUCUUCUGGGGGUAGAAGUCACAACAAACUGCUUGAUUAGAUAUGCUUACUACUAAGCAUUGAUUAGAAAUAUAUUUUUAUGAAUGAGAUUUUGUCGAAUAUGCAAAAAUUUCUUGAGAUAAAAAAGAAUUUCGAUAGACAGGAAAUAAGAAAAUGUGAGGAAACGUGAGGAAUUAAAAUGCAGAAACGGCAUUUAUUUGAAUAUUCAUCAUUUUAUUUUUAAACCUCUUUUGAAAUCUUUCAACCAAUUUUUAAAAAAAAAUAUAUUUUUUUUCGACUGAUAAUUUUUGUUAUUUAUCAUUUC